UAGGGAAGUUUUAACAAGAAAUUUCACACCUGAGAAUAUUUCUGCUGAAACAGAUAGUAUUGAUACUAAUAUGCAAUGUCAUCCUGUUCCUAAUGCCAGUAACAUAUUGAAACCAACUGAAGAUUGCUUUAGUGUGGAUAGUGAGAAAGAGAAAGAACAAGAAAGCCAAUUGAAAUACCAAACUGUAAAUGAAAACCAUUCAGAUGCUUUUUCUGACAUAAAUGAACAUGGUGACUCUAUGAGUGCUUAUUCUUGUUGCUCUAAAUUAUCAUCGAGUCCACCGGUUCUCAAUGGACAUGUUGAAAGUCUAAAUAUGAAAUCGGAUUGUAAUCAGUUUGAGUCUGGGACUUAUUCUAAUGACCAAGUUAAAGCUCAGCAAGAAUCACAAAAUACAAGCAGAUCUGCAUUAAAGUCAAAUGGUACCGAGAAUGAUCUCAAAAAUGUAUCCAAGAGCAAAUUUCCUUCUGUUGCAACCAGACCUACCUUGAAGAAGACCUCAGCACUGGCUUCAAAGAAUAAAGAGAGAGUGAUUACUGAUAAUCCUGCUCUAGUGAAGAAGUUUGAAAAAUUACCUGCUUUUGUAAAAGGCUAUUUAACACGACGGCUUUUGAAAACAGAACGUGUUAAAAACCUGAUGAAAACCCUUAAGGACACUGCUUUAUUAAUUGGAAAGCUAAGUGAAGAUCUCACUCUGAAAGUUGACUCCAUUUCUCCGAACGAUGCGGAAUUUCACAGACAAUUAAUUGUCCAAUUGAUGACUACAUUUCACAAUAUAUAUGAUAUUUUUUGCACGAUAAGUGUUAAAGAGCGAAUGAAUAUUAUUGCUGAGAACAGAACCUUGUUGCUAAAGCAGAAUCCUACUGAGCCAACUGCUGUUGCUGUUCCUUCCGUGCUCCCAGUAGUACCAUCAAAUUUGCCAAAUAAAAAGAAAAAACUGUCUGCAGCUACUAUAAAAUCAUUAGAACGGAAAAAAAGCAAGUCUUCUAUUGACAGUAGAACUUAUACAGUUUCAGACUUUCAAAGAUGCAAAAUGAGACCUCAUUCCAAUCCGACAAUAAAAUCUCAUUCAGUUUCGCCUUCCCGUAUUUGUAAGCGUUCUGUUGCUGUAUCACCAAAGCGAAAAAGUGCAAGUCCAAGAAAAUCAUCACAUCGAUUGACGAUGAAUCUUAAGUGAUAAUGUGGUUGCCUUGAAAAUGAGAAAGCAUGUUCUCUUUUUAUGGAGUUCAUUCUUUUUUGUUUCGUUUUUUUACAAAAUUGACUAUUUUAAUAUGUACAUUUUAAGAGGUUGAAAGCAUUUUGAAAAUUUUGUUUUCUCCUAACCUUAUCUUAUUUUAAAUUGUAUUUUGUAACAUGAGUUUUGUGAAUAAAAGAAGUG